ACUGAUCUUCUCGAGCUAGAUUGUCUGUGUUCUCAUAACAAUCCUCCAGGAUCAACUUGAUAUCUGAAGUGAAGUAACGUUAAAGUUGCUGAAUGGCAUGUUGAGCGUAGCAGCAGAAGAACCUAUAACAUUAGGCUACGUUUAUGUUGGUCGUUCAUAGAGCCUACUUAGUUUAAAGUCCACGUCGAGGCUGUAUGUUUCAAAUAACGUCCAAUAUACUAUAUGGGAGGUUGUCUUAUUCUCCGUGUUAAUCAUUGUGAUACACUAGUUUAAUCGAUAACCGAGAUGACGUUGCUCAUCUGAAAACAAGUUUGCCAAUGCAACCAGGUGCAAAUCUCAGGCCUAGUUGACACACUUUAAAUAGGCAAUGUUGUAUACCAAUACUGCCCACUCAAGUCUAGACUUGGCAAAAACUGUCCUAAAAUAGUUUAGGCAGCUCAGUUUAACUGUUAACUGGUGUGAAUGUCAUUAUCAUCAUGGAAAAUCAGGCGUGAGAGAGUGCUCUACUCACUGUAAUGUAUUCAAAGUAUUCAGAGUGAGUCCAAACAUUAACGUGUGUGUGUGUGUAUGUGUGUGUGAGAGAGAGAGGGGGGCCUACAAAAAGACCUGUCCCACUCCCCUUAGCCUACAUUAACAAGCACACACACAGGGCAGUUAUUAAAAGCGUGGGUUGAUGCCCAGCAGAACUGGUGUGUAAACAACACUGCAGCUUGUGUGUGUGUGCAUGUAGAUCUGAGAUCAGUUCCUAGGCCUGUGGAUGGACCAGCUUGUCUCUGACAAUAUUUAACAUUCUUAUCAUUCAGCAGUCUGCACAGGGCGGAGGAGAGAACAGGGAAAAAGGACAUGUUCAGACUCUGGACAGAUAAUAAUGUAUUACCAACAUACACACUGCAUUACUCAUUGUAGCAUGAUACUGCUUCAGACACACAAAUUACUCACUGUGUGUGUGUGUGAAGUAGAAAAGGAGCUGUUCACUGCAGACGAUGUCAUCCUUAGGGAGGGGCUAAACUACAUGAGCAGAUAUCAUCACAGUUUCCAGAGUCUGGAGGUGUUUCAUUAAGAUGUGUGUGUGUUCUCUCCCCAGGUUGUGGAGAGAUGGACUGAGGGUUGUGUGUGUGAGUGAGUGACGCGUAAUUCAGAGUGAAAAGACACAGAGAGACGUGAUAGUCCCGCAUCCCAUUGUGACAUAGUUACGCUGCUCUGAGACCACUGUCUGCGGGGGGAACACACAGCCAUAACGGGUACCUCCCCAACAUUUCCAACCAACGCAGCUCUGAGACCAGUCUGCAGGGCGGAACACACAGUCAUAACGGGUACCUCCCCAACAUUUCCAACCAACGCAGCUCUGAGACCAGUCUGCAGGGGGGAACACACAGUCAUAACGGGUACCUCCCCAACAUUCCCAACCAACGCAGCUCUGAGACCAGUCUGCAGGGGGGAACACACAGUCAUAACGGGUACCGCCCCAACAUUCCCAACCAACGCAGCUCUGAGACCACUGUCUGCAGGGGGGAACACACAGUCAUAACGGGUACCUCCCCAACAUUCCCAACCAAAGCGGCUCUGAGACCACUGUCUGCGCGGGGAACACACAGCCAUAACGGGUACCUCCCCAACAUUUCCAACCAACGAGGCUCUGAGACCACUGUCUGCAGGGGGGAACACACAGCCAUAACGGGUAUCUCCCCAACAUUUCCAACCAACGAGGCUCUGAGACCACUGUCUGCAGGGGGGAACACACAGUCAUAACGGGUAUCUCCCCAACAUUCCCAACCAACGAGGCUCUGAGACCACUGUCUGCAGGGGGGAACACACAGCCAUAACGGGUAUCUCCCCAACAUUUCCAACCAACGAGGCUCUGAGACCACUGUCUGCAGGGGGGAACACACAGUCAUAACGGGUAUCUCCCCAACAUUCCCAACCAACGAGGCUCUGAGACCACUGUCUGCAGGGGGGAACACACAGUCAUAACGGGUAUCUCCCCAACAUUCCCAACCAACGAGGCUCUGAGACCACUGUCUGCAGGGGGGAACACACAGCCAUAACGGGUACCUCCCCAACAAUCCCAACCAAUGCGGCUCCACAUACUCGUCCCUCUAUUGAUUUGAAUGUGUUGACAGUUGGAGAAAUAGCUUGAGCCGCAUUGAGAAUUAGAAAAGUAUGAAAGCCAAUGGUCCAAUAUUCUAGAAUACUGCUGUGCGGGGACAUUUUGGACUCUGAUAGACGUGUUUGUAAGAGGUUGAGUAACCCGCGGUAACAGACAUGCCCAAACCUGAUCUACUCUGUUUGGUUCAACUACUGGACAACACUAUCCAGACCUUUACAGUCAAUAAGCAGGAUGCAGGUGAGGUUUUACUGGAGCAGGUGUGUAACCAGCUGGGUCUGCUGGAGAGACACUUCUUCAGUCUGCAGCUACGAGACUCCAACACCACCAUCGUCACUCAAACACACUCUCCUAGGUGGCUGGAGGCCAACAAACCACUGAAGAAGCAGCUGAAAG